AUGUCACAGCUGCAAAGCGACCAGAUGCAGUCGAGGUUAGCAGACUCCCCACUGUGUUUUGGUGGGGAGUCUGCGCAGCCCUACAUUUACAGCCCAAAACACGUUGCCCCCACCCUUGGCAUUUGUUGUUCCUUCCUCAGCCGCGACAGCAGCAUCAGCAGCAUCAGCAACAGCAACAGCAACAGCAAGAUGACUUCUUUUCAAAUUGGUGGUGGAAGUGGUGGUGUUGGUGGUGGAGGAGCGGGUGGCGGCCCAGUGCUCGCGUGGGACUACGUCAAGGCGAACGUUCCUGCGGUGGCUGCGCGCUACCCAACAACAAGGCCAGACAACUGGCUUGUCAAGAAGUUGUUAGAUUUGCCGGUGGUCAACGAGCUCGUUGAUAGCGAUCACCGCCGCGCAAACAGUGCAGCCUUUGCACUGGGCCCUGCCUCUGACACGUCUCUUGUCAACAAAAACCUGAUUGCAGUCCUUUGCCAAGUCACUGGCACGUCCGGCCCUGCCUGUGAUAAGUGUUGUCGGCAGCACGGCUUGUGGCAAGGUUGCGUGAGGGCUCCCAACGUUGGUCCUGUACCUCUGAUCCCAGGAGGUGCUUGUUCAAACUGCGCGUAUAAUGGUCGGGCCAGAGACUGUCAGACCACAUCGCAGCCGGCUGUCAACAUGCCGGCACCUCAGUUUGUCCAGCCCGCCCAGCCUCCUAUCCAUGGGCAUCAGGUACACAACACCGGGGGAAACGAAGAGGAGGAGGAGGAGGAGGACUAUGACAUGGGCUUUGGUGCCAUGUCUGAUGAGGACCUGCGCUCGCCGCACCUCUCUUCAAGUCCAGCUCAAGCGUCUGUUUCGGUCGGUGGUUAG